AUGGCGGCUCUCAACAAUUCUUCCUUCCUAACAACAACAACACUACUAAUCAUCCUCCCCAUCGCCUCCCAACUCCUCUUCCUCCUCAUCAACGCAGCCCCACCACCAAACUCCUCCCCUUCACUCACCAUGUACCCAUUCAACUGCUCCCAAUCCACCACCACCACCUGCAACGCUUCCCUCUACCACGCCACCUCCCUCGGCCGCCACGACUCGACUCGACAAAUCGCCACGUACUACUCCGUCAACGAAACCCAGCUCCACCCGAUCACAGGCAUCCAUAACCGCCAAGACUACCUCGUCACCGUCCCCUGCUCCUGCGGGACCGUUAGCGGGACCACCGCCUACUUCCACGCCGUCAAUUACGCCGUCCAGCAGGGGGACACGUUCAGCGACGUGUCGGCGGAGGUGUACAGCGGGCAAGUUUGGGUGGUCGGAGACGAGAAGCAGCGGUUCGUCGCGGGAAACAACGUGACGAUGAAUUUGGUGUGUGGGUGUUUGGAUGGAAAGGGAACAGAGGAGGAGGAGGGUGAGGUCAUCGUGACGUAUACGGUUGAGGACGGGGAUACUCUGGCCGGAAUCGCUGACCGGUUUCAGGCGAGUUUGAGCAGGGUGGUGGGGCUGAACGAGUUGCUGACUCAGAACCCUGGGUUUAUUGAUGUGGGUUGGGUUCUUUAUGUCCUCAAAGGUUCUCAAGUUGGUGAUGGUGGAGGGGGGUCUGAGAAAUGGACGGUGGUGGCCAUAGUCCUGUCAGUGGCAGCAACAUUGCUUCUGAUCGCCGGAUGUUUGGUGUUUGUUUGGCGGAGGAAGAGAUACUUGAAGCAGCAGAAGCAGAGUAUUAAUGGCAUGAAGCUGGCGCAGGAUCAAAAAGCUGCUGCAGCAGGAGGAGGAGGGUUUGGAAGCAGCAUCAGUUCUUACCGAACACCUUCAGUUCUAAAGUCUUUCAAGGACUUCACCGGAGAUUUCGAGAAAGGGUACUUUGACGCGGAAGGACCGGUGAGGUACAACAUAGAAGAGAUCGAGGAGGCGACCAACAACUUCGAUGAGUCCAAGAAGAUUGGAGAGGGUGGAUAUGCCAAAGUGUUCUUUGGAAUCUUGAGAGGCCAGGAGGUGGCGGUGAAGAUGAUGAGAUCGAACAAGUCCAAAGAGUUCUAUGCAGAGCUUAAGGUUCUCUGCAAGGUUCAUCAUAUCAAUGUUGUGGAACUUUUGGGGUAUGCGAGUGGGGAUGAUCAUGUUUUCUUGGUGUAUGAAUAUGUCCGCAAUGGAUCCCUAAGUGACCAUCUCCACGACCCAUUGCUCAGAGGUUACCAGCCGCUUUCCUGGUCUGCAAGAACUCAAAUAGCAGUUGAUGCCGCCAAGGGAAUCGAGUACAUCCACGACCAUACUAAAACAAGAUAUGUACACAGAGACAUCAAGAGCACCAACAUUUUGCUCGAUGAUUGCCUUCGAGCCAAGGUUGCGGAUUUCGGAUUGGCUAAGCUGGUGGAGAGGAGCAACGAUGAUGAGUUGAUAGCCACAAGACUAGUUGGAACUCCAGGCUACCUUCCUCCAGAGUCUGUGAAGGAACUACAAGUCACUUCAAAAACCGAUGUUUUUGCAUUUGGAGUCCUUCUGGGAGAGCUCAUCACAGGGAAAAGAGCUUUGGUUCGGGACAACAAAGAACCUGGCAGGCUCAAAUCCCUCAUCACAACCUUGGCUGAGGUUUUUGAAGCUGAAGAACCGCAAAUGGCUCUAGAAGAAAUUAUAGACUUAAACCUUCGUAGUGGCUACCCAUUGGAAGAAAUCUAUAAGAUGGCGGAAAUAGCACAAUGGUGUUUGAGUGAAGAGGCGAUGAACAGACCGGAGAUGAGGGACAUUGUUGGGCCGCUGGCCCAAAUCGUGACGGCUUCCGUGGAGUGGGAAGCCUCCAUGGGAGGUGACAGCCAGGUUUUUAGUGGCAUUUUUAACGGGAGAUAG